AUGGGGUCGGUGUGCUUUAAAGCCCAAAAGGAAGCGGAAGAGGGGGAGAGAGAGCAGAAUAAAUCAAGGGAAGAGCAGCGGCAGCAGGCACAACCCGAAUCUGGUCAGUCCCAGCAGCAGCAGCAGCAACAGCAGGAGGCGGAGGGAGCAGUGGCAGAGAAGCGGCAGCAGGAACAGCCACAAUCCGACGAGCAGAGACAACCGUCCGAUGGUGCUGUACUUACGGAUCAAGGGCCUGGGAAAGCCCAGCCAUCCGAGCAACAGCAGGCCGCACAUGGAGACAGGGCGGCGGAAAGUAACGGCAUACCAGCAGGACCAGCAGCGUCACAACCCCUAAUGCAAAUACAGCCACAGGCACAGCCCCAGCAAGAUACAGCAACAGAAUCGUCAGCAGCACCAGCUUACAACAGUAGCGACAGCAGCAGGAACAACAACACCAGUGGCGGUGGCACUGGCGGUGGUAACGGCAGUGGCAAGGCAGCAGCAGGCCCUGAGUUUCGACGAAUGGCACUGGAGGAGCUGAUGGCAGCUACAAACAAUUUUAGUGAGAAGAACGUGGUAUCAGAGGGCGGGAGGCAGGCACUGAACGUGGUGUACCGGGGGGUGCUGGGGCCGGAAGGGCUGCAAGUGGCAGUGAAGCGGUUCCAGAAGAAGGAGUGGGAGGACGCACAGCAGUUCGCGGCAGACGCCACGGCAGUAGGCAGCAUUCGCUACCCGGGGCUCACAUCGCUGCUGGGUUUCUGCUGUGAGGGCGAGCACCGGCUGCUGGUGUCUGAAUUCAUGCCCAACUGCACCCUCGCCCAACACUUGUUCCACUGGGAGCAGCGCCCCAUGUCCUGGCUGGCACGGCUGGCAGUGGCCAUGCGUGUGGCUCAAGCACUGGAGCAUCUGGGGAGGGAGGAGGGAAUGCCUGUGUAUCAUGACCUCAAUCCUUACAAAGUGCUGCUGGAUAAGGACAACGAACCCAAGCUCUCAUGUUUCGGCCUCAUCAAGCCUCUUAAGGACGGUCGCUACAGUUCCAAUCUUGACUACUUACCUCCGGAGCAGCUGCUACAUGGGCGGGUGACAGCAGAGAGUGUGGUAUACAGCUUUGGACUCAUCCUUCUGGCCCUCUUUAGCGGCAAGAGUAUUCGUCCCACACAGUUCCUGGAGAUGGUGGAGGAGAAGCAGGACCUAUCCCUCCUGCUAGACAGCAACCUCCUCUCCCACGCACCAAGCGUUGAUUUCGCCCUCGAGCUCGUGCCGCUCAUUGCCGAGUGUCUCAAGAAGGACCCGGGGGAGCGGCCCCCCAUGGACAGCAUUGCAGAGUUCCUUGGGAUACUGGACGACCGCAGCAGGGGCAUCGGCAAUUCACUUGGCCUUGCGGAGGAUGGAGAGGAGAGGGAGGGGGGCGGCGCUCCUGCUGCAGCAGCUGCUGCUGCAGCAUCAGCGUUGGCCCGUGCAGCCAUGGAAGGGGACUGGGAGGUGCUGCAUCGGAGGCUGGUCACUGUGGCGUUCACUCCGCCACAGGAGCCAUCGUUUGAGGUCUGGAAUGCCGAGAUACAGGACCUGGUGCCGUCCAGGCAGAGGGGAGACAAGGCGUUCAAGAGCCAGCAGUGGGAAGAGGCGAUUGCUCUCUACACCAAGUUCCUCAAGUGCGACUCUCCCCCUAUCCCCAUGCUGUUUGCACGGCGUUGCUUGUCCCAUUUGCAACUGGGGCACUGGGAAGAAGCUUACCAGGACGCCCUGCAGGCCCAGCACUCCAAACCUGCGUGGCCCGAGGCAACCUACCUAGUGGCCGUACAUGCAGCAUCACAUUAUCAUGCUCACUUCCAUAUUGCUCUUUUGUUCAUGUCCUCCCUCUCCCUCCCAGGCCCAGCAGUCAAAACCCCCGUGGCCCGAGGCAACCUACCUAGUAGCCGCUGCACUGAUUCGAUUGGGAAGGGCUGA